AUGAAUCUCUUUGCAUUUGGCUCCAACGGAUCCGGUCAACUAGGCAUCGGUCACACAGAAGACGUGUCUACCCCAACACAAUGCCUCUUCACACCUGCAUCCACUGAAAAUCAACACAAUUCAGUGGCUCAAAAAGACAAAAUCGUUCAGAUCGUCGCUGGAGGCAACCAUACGCUGCUGCUAACGCAAAAAGGCCAUGUCUAUGCGGCCGGGUACAAUUCCGAUGGACGUUGCGGUCCGACACACAUCAACUCAAACGAAGUAAAAGCCAGUUCAGAACAAGCUGAAGAGAACAUUUUACAAUUCCAGCGCGUGAUCCUCACAGAUUCGACCGGCACCGUUGACACUUUUAAAUCUAUUUCCGCGACGUGGGAGGCAUCUAUCCUUGUCGCGGAUAUGUCUGGUCAAUUCAAUAAAGUCUUUGUCCAAGGCUCGGCUGUGAAAGGGGAGCUUGGUAUUGGAGAAAAGACUAAAGCCGCGGCUGUGACGCCCGGUACAUCGAUACCUGACUUCCCGCCACGGGGCACGACAGUCUCGGCGCUGGCAAGCGGGAUGGGGCAUACGGUUGCUAUCCUCUCUAAUGGCCAGGUUUACGGAUGGGGCGGGUCUCGAAAGGGCCAGCUGGGUGAGGGACUGAAGGGCAAGAAGAUUGUAUGGUCGCCGACAAGGAUUGAGGCCCCAUUUGCAGCGACGGAUGCCGUUUGUGGGCGCGAGUUUACGGUUCUGAUUGGGAAGCGGGAGGAAGGGGAGUUUGUGGUUCUUGGUGAUAAGGGGAAUCGGUGGGGAGUGUUGGAUGUGAAUGAUUCUGAGGCUUUACGAGUACGGAUACGAGGUAAGGGUGUGGGAGCUAGUGUGGAUUCUUCCGGUGCUUCUGCUAGUGCUAUGGGUGGGUCUGAAUUGUGGAGGUUGAAGGAUAUCGGGGCUAGUUGGCAUGGCAUUUAUGCUCAUGUUGCGCCUGAUGAUAGGUCUUCCCCUGUUGCGGUGGAGAGUCCGUUGAUCGCUUGGGGUCGCAAUGACCGAGGCCAACUUCCUCCGUCUGAUCUUCCUGCUUUGGAUAAGCUUGCUGUUGGUAGUGAGCAUGUUGUUGCGCUUCUGCAGGAUGGGUCCGUGGCGACGUUUGGGUGGGGCGAGCAUGGGAAUUGUGGACCAGAUACGGAUCUCCGCGGCAAUGUGGCCGGCAUGUAUAAGAUAAUUUCCCUACCGGAUGUUAUGCAUGUUGCUGGGAGAGUUGUUGGGGUUGGGGCUGGAUGUGCGACAAGUUGGGUGAUUGUGGAUUGA